AUGUCGUCGGGUAAGCACUGGUGCGUACAAGUCACGAUAUAUUUCCAUUCUUCACUGAAAGUCGCCGAUAGCAUUUUCAAAUUGACCGCGGCGUAUAAGGCAGACACGUUUCCUCAGAAGGUUAAUCUUGGUGUUGGAGCAUAUAGAGAUGAUGACAAUAAACCUUGGGUCCUUCCUGUUAUCAAGAAGGCCACACAAAUUCUUCUGAAUGAUCCUAAUCUCGAUCACGAAUACCUCCCAAUCACGGGUUUACCAGAGUUUACUGCUGGUGCGGUAAAGCUCAUUCUUGGCGCCGAUUCACCUGCUAUUGCAGAAGGGCGUGCUGUUAGCGUGCAGACCAUCUCCGGAACUGGCGCAAACCACUUGGGAGCCUUGUUUCUAAGCAGGUUUUAUCAUUGGGAUGCCCCCAAGCAGAUUUACUUGAGCAAUCCCACCUGGGCUAACCACCAUGCCAUUUUCAAGAAUGUUGGAAUCCAACCUAUAGAUUAUCCUUACUAUGACCCAACCACCAUUGGCCUAGACUUUGAUGGUUUCAUUGGAACCCUACAAAGUGCUGCGCCACGCUCGGUGUUUUUACUACACGCUUGCGCCCACAAUCCCACAGGAGUCGACCCUACUCGUGACCAAUGGAAACAGAUCGCUGAAGUCAUUAUCGCUAAAAACCAUUACGCAUUCUUCGACUGCGCCUACCAGGGCUUUGCAAGUGGUGACCUCAACAACGAUGCGUGGGCAGUUAGAUACUUCGUGGAGAAGGGUGUGCCGAUGCUUGUGUGUCAGAGCUUCGCCAAGAACGCAGGUCUGUACGGCGAGCGGAUCGGUGCGCUACACAUCGUCCCCCCUACGAAGGAAGCUGCAGACCGUGUUAAGAGUCAGCUGUCGGUUUUACAGCGCAGUGAAAUAAGCAACCCACCAUCUUACGGUGCACGCUUAGUCUCACUUAUUCUCAACGACAGUGCCCUCUUUGCCGACUGGAACCGUGACAUCAAGACCAUGGCUGAGCGAAUUAUAUUCAUGCGCAAUGAGCUUUAUCGACUCCUGACGGAGGAGCUGAAAACGCCGGGCAGUUGGGUUCAUAUCAUCAACCAGAUUGGCAUGUUCAGCUUCACUGGAAUCAACCCGUCUCAGUCACAAGCACUGAUAGACACCUUCCACAUUUACUUGACGGCCAACGGACGGAUUUCGAUGGCUGGGCUGAACACGCACAACAUAAGAUACUUUGCAGAGAGCUUGGACAAGGUGGUGAGGGGGCAGGUAUGA